AUGACCCAGGUUGCGCGACGCACCUCGUCGCCGAUCCGGAUCUUCAGGAAGGGCGUUACAAAGGCCGUGGACGAUAACCCGCUCUCAGUGUCUGCGUGCAAGGCGAUUGGCGCCACCACGCGGUCCGUGGAAAUGAUUUCGGAAUCGAUCUCAGACAAAUGGAAGAGAUCGGUCGAUGCAAUUUUGUCCCCCACGUUACCGAGUCUCCCCACUUCCAAGACCGAGGACGAGGACUCCACGAGCACCAACUCCGAGAUUGCGGGAGACUACGACGAUGAUGAGUACGACCUUGGCCACGAGCCUAAGCCUCUGGUAGCCGAGGAGCCGAGCGCCCCACCCAUGAAGCGGUUUUCGCGGGCUCAUAGCGACGUCGAGUCGUCCAUCAUUGGAGGAGAGCCUGCAGAGCAAAUCGACCCCGAUGAGGGUAGCCACGAGACUGCCGUGGAGGAAGCGAGCCCGACACGCAAAGUGUUCUCCUUCUCUCUGCCUUUUGGCACCAACGGGCCCCACAAACCGGGCCGUCUGUCCUCGAUCCGGUCGGUUCUGAGCCCCACGCGAACAAUAUUCGAGCCGGACGACAAGGAGCUGCAGCGCAUCGAGAUCCGUCAAAAGCUGGCGCGACAGGAGUCAAUUUCCACCGUCGAGGAGGCCAUUUUGUUCGAGGACGUCACUAAGCUCCAAGACAACAAGAUCGACGCAUUAUUCAAAUCCCUCAAGCCCACAGUCAAGCUGCCACCAAAUCACGAACUGCCCGACUAUAUGCGUAUUUUCCAGGAAUUAGAAGGAGACAUCAUCAUUUUGGGUGGCUACCGGGGCAGCAUACUGAGAGACUCCCUGACUAAGAGACGCGCGUGGAUCCCAGUGCUCAAGGCAGGCUUGAAUAUAAAGAAAAUAGACCUGCUGUUGGGCCCAAAAGACGAGGACGAGCUGCACACGGAAGAGAAAAUAUAUGCUGACGGAAUUCUUUCGCACAUCGGGCCCGUCGAUAUCUGCAAGAAACUGAUGGCCACGCUGGAAGCGAAUCCAAAGGUCCGCGUGCACAACUUCGGCUACGAUUGGCGGCUUUCGCUCGACAUUCCGGCCGAAAAGCUGCAUGCUUUGCUCAAAGACAUCAAAAAACGGACCGGCAAGCCGGCGCUCCUUAUUGCGCACUCGAUGGGCGGUCUUGUGUCACACUCGGCAAUGCAAAAAGAUCCAUCGCUGGUGCGAGGGAUAGUUUACGUCGGCACUCCUGCCCCGUGCUCCAACAUCAUGGGGCCCCUGAGGUUUGCAGACCAUAUUCUGCUCUGCAAAGAUCUGCUAACGUCAGAGGUAAACUUCAUGAUGCGCUCUUCGUUUGUAUUUAUUCCGCGCAACGGCGAGCUGUUCAAGGACAAAAAUACGGGGGAGCUAUACAACAUUGAUUUUUUCGACCCCAAAAACUGGAUCGAGUACAAUCUGAGCCCCAUCGUGAGCUCUAUCCGGCUAGCCCAGGAGGCAGGCAAGCCCGUGCCGCCGCACGUAAAGCAGCAGUCGCGGUUUGCGAUCUCCUUCGACGAAGCCUACGAAUAUUUGUGUCGCACGCUCAAACGCACUUCCGAGUUCCUCGAUAGUCUCGAGUACGACGAGUCGCGGGAAUACCCGCCCAUGGCCGUUGUUUACGGUAACGCUGUGCCGUCUGUUCGGUACUCGCUUGUCGACGGCAUCGAGGAAAUCAAAAUGGGAAAUUACUACCAUUUCUUCUACGGUCCGGGAGACGGAGUCACCAACCAGAAAUGGGUGUUUCCAGAAAACAGAGGCUAUCCGCUGGUCGGCAAGUUUAACUCCACGCUAGGCCAUGUGGCCUUGCUGACCGAUUUAGACUGCAUCGGCAAGGCUAUGCUGGCCAUUGUCCGCGCCGAGCAGAAAUAA